AAGGACAGAAAGAUAACCAGACAGAAAAGAGAUGAUCAUUAGUCCAGUAUGUAAUGGAAUGCAAAUGCAAUCAUCAGCAAAGAAAAGCAAUACAAAACUACAAUGUGUCUCUACCUGCUCAGCUAUCACUGUUCUCACAACUUACCAAUCGAUAAUAUGGGAACUGCAAUUGUUGAUCAACCGUGGCAUAAUCCCCACUGAGAACAUGGAGGAAUCCCAGUGUGGCACAUCGAUCCGUGACCAUGUCAAGUAAUCCACCCAUGACGCUGCAUUGAUCGAGUUUCCGUGCCGCCAUUCCAUCAAACAAGUCACCGACAAAACUACCAAUAUAGAGCAGUACUGCCAACAGCCAAUAGGUGCUUCCAUCGAUGCACAUGAGUGCAAAGGCUGCCAAUGCCAUGAUCACUCGCGUGUAUCCAAUCAAGUUGGGGACGAACCAAAUCACAUCGUGGGCGGUAGUUGGUGUAGUAUUCGGCAUUGUUUUUAUAGUUUGGAACCGACUGCAAAAGUAAGUUGUGUAGGAUAGCAGCACAAAACCACGCUUCAAAAACGCCAGCUAGGAGAUAGUCGGAAGGUGGUAGCUCUUGAGAUCAGGAAAAAGUGGAUGCGGAAGGACCGUCUGUGAUCUGUGAUGAUGGGAAAUGAACAGAGUUUUUGGCGAACCUCAGAGUAGCAAUAAUAUUUUGCCAUGUUUAACAUGCUUGUGGUAGCUAGGAGGUCGUGAAAACCUGAACUCUACUGAUUUUAACACGAGCAAAUGUGGGUGCGACGAAGAAGCAGCAAGGCGACGAGGCGACGAACGUUCGAAAGCCGACAGCAACACAAUCACCUUCAUCGGCUUCUCGUGAAGAUAUUGCUUUGCGGACCAGCCAGCUACUGUAGUAGUGUAAAAAGAAUGGUGUUCCAAGGUCAAGAUGCAUGGCGGCGCCACCCCAAGUUCUUGAAUCUUUGGAAAGAUCCCUUGCCGGGCUUCAAAAAGGCGGUGAUCAUCUAUGGUGUCUACCUUGGAUUUGAAUAUGCCUAUCGAUUCAUGAACGCUCCACCUCGCAAAAGUCAGUUGCAGCAUUAGUCUUCCUAUGAUGAUGUUGUUCAACCUGGAACCAGUUGCAAUGUGCCAGGUAGUAUUUCUAUGUUAUUUCAGAGCAAGGAAAACCUUCUUUUGCGGCAGAGUGUGGUUAUAGAUAGGUAGCUAAAACUAGCUAGACCUUCUUCACUACGC